CACUUCUGCACACCCUAUCCACGCAUUUCUUUUCCUUUAUCCUUUAAAUAAACUAAAUUCUAAAACCCACUUUAAUCGACCAUCGGAAUAUUCAAAUGAUUCCUUCGCCGGUGAAAAUCAUUAAUUUUAGUCCAUUUUCAUACAGUAGAAUAAAUAUAUAUUUUAAAUUUCACAAUAGUACUCAUUAUUAAUACCACCAUUACAAAUACAAAUUGUAUCACUUAGCCUCUCAAAUUCACCCUCAUCUUCAUUUCCUCUCUAAGCUCACACACAAAUUAUUUUCAGACAUUUCAAAGGUGAAAUUAAUAAUGGAACCGCCAGGAAACGACGUCGUUGCAUUUGCGUUUGAGUCAGCUGAGAAAAUAAUACUCCGUUGGGAUUCAACAGCAUCAGAAGAUUCUCGUGAGAAGAUGAUCUUCGCUGGCGAUCGCAUCGAGAUCGAACGUUACCUCUCAGCCGUUGAUGAAAUCCAACGGUCAAUGGAAUCCGCAACACUUUCAGAUGAUCAAAACAAAGUCAAUAGUGCGAUCCAGAUCGCUAUGGCUCGUCUUGAAGACGAGUUUCGUAAUAUUCUAAUAGCACAUACAACUCCAAUGGAAGCUGAAUCACUAACUGACACGUGUCCUUUACCUGAAGAAGAAGAAGAAGAAUACGAGGAGGAGGAUAAUGUUGACUCACCGUUGACUACUAAGGAGUUUGAGCAUCAAGAGAGCCAUAGUAGCUGUAGUUAUCGAUCUACGAAUAGUAUUCGUGAGAUCGAUCUAAUGCCUGGUGAAGCGAUUUAUGAUCUUCGACGUAUAGCUGAGAGAAUGAUUUCAGCUGGAUAUCUUAGGGAGUGUAUUCAGGUGUAUGGCAGUGUACGUAAGUCUGCUGUGGACUCAAGUUUUCGACGUCUAGGUAUAGAGAAACUGAGUAUUGGAGAUAUUCAGAGGUUAGAAUGGGAAACACUGGAAAUGAAAAUCAGGCGGUGGAUAAAAGCUGCAAAAGUGUGCGUUCGCAUACUUUUUGCUAGUGAGAAGAAAUUAUGUGAGCAGAUUUUUGAAGAUUUGGGAACUGCAACUGAUGAUGCUUGUUUUAUGGAGACAAUUAAAGGUCCAGCUAUUCAGUUAUUUAAUUUCGCUGAAGCUAUUAGUAUUAGUAGAAGAUCACCUGAGAAGUUGUUUAAGAUAUUGGAUCUUCAUGAUGCUUUAUCGGAUUUGUUGGUGGAUAUUGAGAUUGUUUUUGAUUCGAAAUCAUCGGAGUCGAUUAGGGUUCAAGCUGUAGAGAUAUUAUCUAGGUUAGCUGAGGCUGCUAGAGGGAUAUUAUCGGAAUUUGAAAAUGCAGUGCUUAGAGAACCUUCUAAAGUUCCUGUCCCUGGAGGGACAAUACAUCCUUUGACUAGGUAUGUUAUGAACUACAUAAGUUUAAUCUCGGAUUACAAACAGACUAUGUCUGAAUUGAUUGUGUCAAAGCCGACAACGGGGUCUAGGUAUUCUAGUGAUCCUAAUACCCCUGAUAUGGAUUUCGGGGAACUAGAAGGGCAGACCCCGUUGGCGCUUCAUUUGAUUUGGAUUUCUGUGAUUUUGCAGUUCAAUUUGGAAGGUAAGUCUAAGUGCUAUAGGGAUACUUCAUUGGCGCAUUUAUUUAUGAUGAACAAUGUACAUUAUAUUGUUCAGAAGAUUAAAGGGUCGCCUGAGUUAAGGGAGAUGGUUGGGGAUGAUUGUUUAAGGAGAUUAACAGGGAAAUUCAGACAAGCAGCUACAAACUACCAGAGAUCAACCUGGAUAUAUGUUUUGCAUUGUUUGCGAGAUGAGGGUUUACAUGUUAAAGGCAAUUUUUCAUCUGGGGUGUCUAAGAGUGCAUUGAGAGAGCGGUUUAAGACGUUUAAUGCUAUGUUUGAAGAGGUGCAUAGGAUUCAAUCCACCUGGUUGAUUCCGGAUACUCAGCUCCGAGAGGAGCUGCGUAUUUCUAUAUCCGAGAAGUUGAUCCCAGCUUAUAGAUCAUUUCUCGGAAGGUUCAGGAGUCAUAUUGAGAGUGGAAGGCAUCCGGAAAACUAUAUCAAGUAUUCCGGUGAGGACAUUGAGAAUGCUGUCUUGGAUUUCUUUGAGGGGUACCAAGUUCAACAACACAUAAGAAGAAGAUCUCAGUGAAAGGAUAUAUGUUUCAGUAAUUAGAAUUUUAGGACAUUCGUUGAAUUUUUUUGUGUAGUCAUUUAGGAGCUGAGGUUUUGGCAUUCUGGAGUUCAUGUAUUGUCGCGCAAAGCAGAAAAUUUUGGGAAGAUCAGCUGUAUCUAUGAUAGUCUGCGCCUCUGCCUGAAUGCUCCUGCCCUGUCACCCUCGGAAGCCUAUGCCUCUUAUCAGGUGCUUAAUAUAGUCUGAACAUUGAAGGCAACAUUCCCAAGGACAAUAUCCCUAACAACUGAAUUCUUUGAAGCAAACUAGAUUUUCAAACUCCAUUAACAAUAUCAUAAUUUAUUGUAUUUCACUUGCUGUCUUCUUACUGCUUAUAAGUUAAAAGUUUUUAUCAGUGAAAUGAAAACAGUUACAUCAUGA